AUGAUGAGUUACUACAUGGACACAACUAUUGGAUGUCCAGCUCCUUAUCCUCUAGCCCGCCCUGUGAUGAUGAGACAGGGAGAUGUCAAUCCCUAUGAAGAUCCUUGGAUGACCUGUGGGUUCCAGUCCACCUGCUACCAGCAGAGGGCGAUCUACCCACUCUGGGAUGAGACAGCCAUUCAGGAAGUGCCCACAGGGCUAGAAUAUCACAACACGGAUAUGGAAUGUGCGGAUGUGCCUUUGUUAACUCCAAGCAGCAAAGAAAUGAUGUCACAGGCGUUAAAAGCCACAUUCAGCGGCUUCACAAAAGAACAGCAACGACUGGGAAUUCCCAAAGAUCCUCAGCAAUGGACAGAGACCCAUGUACGAGACUGGGUGAUGUGGGCUGUGAAUGAGUUCAGUCUGAAGGGCGUGGACUUCCAGAAGUUCUGUAUGAAUGGAGCUGCCUUGUGUGCUCUAGGAAAGGACUGCUUCCUUGAACUGGCACCAGACUUUGUAGGAGAUAUUCUUUGGGAACAUCUGGAGAUCCUGCAGAAAGAAGAGUUAAAGCCAUAUCCAGCGAAUGGAAUGAGCACCGGUUACCCAGAAUCCCGUUAUGCAUCAGACUACUUUAUUAGUUAUGGCAUUGAGCAUGCUCAGUGCGUUCCUCCGUCAGAAUUUUCUGAGCCCAGUUUUAUUACAGAGUCCUACCAGACCCUCCAUCCAAUCAGCUCCGAGGAGCUCCUGUCCCUCAAGUAUGAGAAUGAGUAUCCAUCUGUCAUCCUCCGCGACCCGGUGCAGAUGGAAUCCUUGCAGACAGACUACUUCACAAUCAAACAGGAAGUUGUAACGCCAGAUAACAUGUGCAUGGGGCGCGCUAGCCGAGGUAAACUUGGAGGACAGGAUUCCUUUGAGAGCAUAGAAAGCUACGACAGCUGUGACCGGCUGACACAGUCCUGGAGCAGUCAGUCAUCCUUCCAGAGUCUCCAACGUGUCCCUUCUUACGACAGCUUUGACUCCGAGGACUACCCAGUUGCCCUGCCCAACCACAAGCCCAAAGGCACCUUCAAGGACUAUGUUCGAGACCGGGCUGAUGUGAACAAGGACAAACCUGUCAUUCCUGCUGCUGCCCUGGCUGGCUACACAGGUAGCGGGCCCAUUCAGCUGUGGCAAUUUCUGCUGGAGUUACUCACAGACAAGUCCUGUCAAUCCUUCAUCAGCUGGACAGGUGAUGGCUGGGAAUUCAAGCUCUCUGAUCCUGAUGAGGUGGCAAGGAGAUGGGGCAAGAGGAAAAACAAGCCAAAAAUGAACUAUGAGAAGCUGAGCCGUGGAUUGCGUUACUACUAUGACAAGAAUAUCAUCCACAAGACAGCAGGAAAGCGCUACGUCUACCGUUUUGUAUGUGAUCUGCAGAGUUUGCUGGGCUACACGCCCGAAGAGCUCCAUGCCAUGUUGGAUGUAAAGCCGGAUGCUGACGAGUGACCGGAACAAGCAGGCGAGGAUGGAAAACGUUGCAGAAGAUCCAGUGCGUCCAUCUAGAAAUUCUGUUGGACUUGGUUACUCUUUCUUUCUUUUUUUCACUGUCAUGUUUUCCCUUUUAAAGAAUACAUUCAAUUUUUCAUUGGUUGGGGAGGGGGGUGGUAUUAAGCUUUUAGAUGAAACUGUGACAUAGCUUGGUUGGAAAGAGGGGAAAAGAGGAUAUUUUGUGUUUGAAUGUUCUAGGAUAACUUUAUUUUGGGUUGAUAUUUUCAAAGUCGGGGUGGGGUGGGGAUAGAGCUUAAAGGUUAAGCACCCUGUUACAAUUAUUUAAUGUGUUUAUUAAUGAUCCCCACCCACCCGGUGUCAUAAACUGACAACCCAUGAGCUUAUAAGGGUGCUUACAUGGCUCCCUCGUUUUGCUUUGUUUUUUAGGGCGGAAUGGUUUUAGGGGCAGAACGUCCUGUUGUGCAGGGAAAAACUAUUGGAAGAACCAACAACUGUGGUCCCAGAUAAGUUUGCAUUUCAAAAGAGAUUUGUUGUCAGUGUUAAAUGGGACCAAAACUUUUUGUUUUUUAAUUUGUAAAAAAAAAAAAAGGAAAAAAAAGAUGUUAUUUUAUUAAAUUUUGUGCCAGUAUUUUUUUAAAUAGUCUUAAGCUCUAAGAUGGUCUCAGUAUUGCAAUAUUGUUUGUUGUUUGUUAUGCCAGCUGCAAAUUUUAUCAGCAUUGACAGGAAAAAAAAAUACAGUGUCUAUGUAGAUCUCACCAGAAACAAACAGAGGUAACAGUUCAGUGGAACAUCAAGAGAAAACUGGGAGUGGGGAGAGGGAUGGGCAAAUGACUCUUUUGCUGUAACACUGGGCCCUCUGCACUUUACUCUUUUGUUUUGUCAUUAGAGCCAGUCUUGUGCACAUUUUGGGAAAAGUUUGGCCCACAAUUAUUUUAAUUUUAUUUUAUUUGCAUUGGGAUUUUAUUUGGACUUUCUUCCACGUUCCUCGUUUAGUCUCAAGAUAUUGUAAAGAUACGUUUUUAUUUCAGUGAUGAAAUCUAGGAUUGUUUAGUCCCUCGCUAGUGAGCUAACCCAGUCAACCAUCCAUGACUAGUUAUUUGCGCUCCAAAUCACAGGCACCAAGUUCAUGCCACUGCAAGUGACAUCUUGCAAUCGCUUAUCAGGGGGGGUUUGGAAGAAAGAACUGUUUAUCUUGGGGAUAUCCUAAACUUUCUAGGUUGACAAACUCUUUUCAGAUGACAUGGCAUAGAAAGGUAUGUCCAUAGAUAUCUGCUUGCUAGCUCCACUCUUGGCCUGUGCUUAUUCAGUUUACCUGGAGAAACACACAUAGACAAUCCUGGACCAUGCCAAAAAAGCAAGGUCCCACAUGUGAACAAGGCUUCUUAAGCAUGUUUUAUUAGCAUGUAUGGUCUGUUCACAUUCACUUAAAUGUGCUCAGAUCAGAGUCAGCAGGCAUGAUAACAGCUCAUCUAUACCUGCACCUUUUCAAGCUACAGUCCAUUACCUUUAAUGUGCACUCCAAUUCUACGAUUCUGUGACUUUGGUCUGAGACAGAGAUCAUAGAAUAGCAGAGUUAGAAGGGGCCUACAAGGCCAUCGAGUCCAACCCCCUGCUCAAUGCAGGAAUCCACCCUAAAGCAUCCCUGACAGAUGGUUGUCCAGCUGCCUCUUGAAGGCCUCUAGUGUCCACAACCCACAACCUCACCAGGCAAAGCCCACAACCUCACCAGGCAACUGAUUCCAUUGUUGUACUGCUCUAACAAGAAGUUUUUCCUGGUGUCCAGCUGGAAUCUAGCUUCCUUUAACUUGAGCCCGUUAUUCCGUAUCCUGCACUCUGGGAGGAUAAUUACUUUCUCUACACUCUUGGGGAACUCCAAGGUGAGUUGGGAUUUGAAAUUGAAAUCCUAAACCCUCAAGUGCCUGAACUCCAAACACACACAAUUCCAAAGAAUCAAAAAGAGGAUUUUUACACUUUGUAAAAGAGAAUGUGCUAGAUGAUAGGUGAAGUUUUCCUGCUAAUGUUGCUUAAAAUAAAUAAAUAAAUAAACAACAUGAUAAAAUUUAAGGAGGUGAGGGGAGUGAAAAGAAAUAGAGUAAUUUCAUUUCUUUCCUGAUUAUGUUUUUGAAUAUUCCCAAUUUUGUGGAUGGAAUGAUGAUGCAAUGUGUAGGUUUCAGCACUCUCCAGUGCCCCAUAAUGGCCCAGAUCAUUUGCUGAUUUCCUUAUUCCCAGAAUUAUAGUUCUAAUGUGCCUCAUUUUACUUCUGCCAAAGUAAAGUUUCCACUUCUUCUCCUUACAAGAAAAAAAGAUGUAUAGGGGAGAAUCUGGAUAAGGCCAACACAGCCAUUUAUUUUCAUAAGGUUUAAAUCCUAAAUCUUCCAGUGCCAAUUAACACAUUACACAACAGCAAACCCAGGUUUGCCACUGAGUGAGUUCUUGACAAGAGGCUAGAGCCAAUCCUAUAUCCCUUAGUGUACCUGCAUGAGCCAUGUGUGUGAUUGUUUGAGUCAGACUUAACCAUUUUUAGAUCGUCAUUAUGUCAAUCUUAGGUGUAGUACACCUAAAAAAUGUAAUGUGUGAAGUAGCCCACAAGUGUUUCCUUUAGAGCAAACCUGUGUCUCUGACCUUAAAGCACCAGUAUGCAAAUAUAUAAUUGCAACAGUGUUGAAUCAUUUCAAUAGUGCAGAACUAAAACAGGGGAAACUCCUGGAUAACUUGAAGUGUCAGCACAAUUUGAAGCAAAAACUCGCCUAAGAGAAUGCCUCUGGUCAGCAGAGCUGGACCUAUGAGUAAAAAGAGCAUAAAUGAUCAUAGGUAUUUUUUCUUGCGAACAGCUUUUUUUCUGCCUUCCCCCGCCCCCGUCUCAAUUAUGCCAUUUCAGACUACAGUUUUGAGCUCACAUGAUGGAAUGCUCCUCUACCCAAAAUAUCCUACAUACAGAAAUCUAGAUAUUAAAGAGAAGGGUUUUUUUGUCAUCUAACUUUCUCCCUGCCCUGCCCUUUGUUGAUGUGCAGCAAUUCUUUAAAAUUAUUGUAUGGAGGAGUAUUCCAACAUGUCUCCCCUCCACCACCUGCUUUCUGAAGUGGUCCUGUGAUGCAGGUAAGCUAAUCUAGGCAGUUGACACCUAAUUUCUAAUAUGGGCACUGGACAUCUAAUGAGUCAGACCAUCUUGUGUAAAAGUAACAGUUUCCAUUAAGUUAGGCAUGGCUAGCUGGAAAUCUUGGUUUUUGCUUUGUGGAAGAUAAUCUCAGCAUUUCUUGGGAAGAUGUAGAAGAAUGUUUUUGAGCCAAAAACAUUGAUGGUGGAUGUUCUUGGAAUGGAAUGGUAUCAGAACCUUGGGUAAUGUUAGAUUUAAUUCCUGUGGAGAGAAAGGAGGGUGUGAGUUAGGAGAUGAGUAGAAGGAAAGGUUAGUGGAUGUGGAAGAAGAUUAUCCGUAAAGCCAAAGCAUGAAUUCCUGUCCAACUUCUAUAGCAUUUGGUAGCUUUAGCCCAGAGUGAAGAGGAAUGAACAUCUGUGGCCAGUGACAGUCAAUAAGUCAGAGAAAGAGAAGCAGAAGCAGAGAGAGUGCUGAUGUGAAGCUGUAGGAACCAAAGCUGUAGGUACCUACAGCUUGCUGAUGUCAAGCUGUAGGAACAGAGUUUUUGUAUUCCAGAGCUAAUGUAGCCGAUUCCUAUUCCUGCAGCUAAGCAACAAGUAAAAGCCAAUCCAGGCAUUUUCAGCUAAAAGGAUCUUAAAUAGCAGAGCUGGGACUGACUUUUGCCUGCUGAAUCCCUGGAGAACCAUUGCCUGUUAGAAUAAGUGGUAAGGUGAUCUCUGGCCUGACUAAGUAUGAAGCAGCUCCAUAUGUUUGCUCAUGGCAGGUAAGAAUCAUCUGCAGGGCUUACUGGUAUGUGUGGAUUGCUGAACUACUAAAUGUUUUUGUGGACUAAUUUUCUUGGCUUCUAUGCUUUAAGGUAUCUGGAGUUAUUGAUUCUGCAAGCACCUUUCUAUUUGUGACGGUCCACACAGCAUUCGUGGGCGCAUAAUUUACAACUAGCAGCAGGGAGAUGGAGACCCUUCCAACUGUAUCUAUCUCAUUCAAAUCAAUGUUCACAGCAGAAAGAUGUAUUCUCAGGGAUCCCAAAGGGCAGUAGACAGCCAUCAGUGCUGCAUGACAGCAUCCGUGGCAUUCACCCCUUAUCAGUGUGUGUGCCUAACUUGCCGCCUGCCUUUGAAUGCAACGAUAAACAGGCAGUAUUGUCUUAGCACCUGUGUUCUGCUUGGCCUGUGGUGCAUGACCUUCCUCUCUAUGCAAAGUUCACAACGUUUGAGCUCUGUGGACUAGAUAAGGGAAGUGUAAAGUUAAUGGAUGUUGGCAGGCAAAAACUUUUGUUGAAGCAGGUACAACACACUAUGCAUCUCUACUAAUUUGUGCUCUUAUGAGCAUAAUCCAUUCCUUCCACUCCAGUGGGGGUUGUGCAGGAGAACUUCCUCAUGGAUUGAGUUAUUUAGCCUUCGUUCACUUUUAAUCCUUAAGAACUAUUUUGAGAGCCACCGAGAGAAUGUGAGAUUUACAAUGUUAGCGAAUGAAUACUUCAUUCCAUAACCCCAAAGUAUUCAGGUCCAAGACCCCAGGAUCAGAGGCAUUCAGGAAAACAUCACAUAGCCAUUUGGCCCUUUUGCAAUCUCUCAGAAUUAGUUUUAUUUUAUUUAUUUUUUGACAAAACUCUGAUAUCAGUUACAAUACUAUAAUUAUAUGGUGACCUGCCUUCUGCUGAUCAAAUCCCAGAUCUAACCAUCUAAAAACUUGCUCAGAAGAUAAGCUGGAGGGAAUCUGGAAACGCCUUUGCCAAGGAUAAUGGAAAAUUAGUACCUGAAAUAUAAGGACACCUGUGUACAUCUUUAGAGUUUUUGAAUGAUACUGUUUUUAGAAAAUGUAACUAUGGGGCCUACAAAUGUAGGCUUUGUGACUGAGUGUGCACUGACCAGAGGGAUGCAACCAAUCAUCUAGAGAAGCAUCUGAGCCGGUUUGGCUCACUUACCAGAGAUAAGCAGGGACAGCAGCAGAAGGGUUUCAGGAUACUCUAUAUCCUGCCUCUUUGCCCAUCAUAGCAUCUUUUCCUUGAAGUCUUCUACAGUUGCAUCCUCACGGUCCUUUCCACAGUGGCUGCAAGGGGAUGGGGGAAAUGGUCUGAUCUUGGAUUCCCUCUUCUGAGGUUGUAGUAGCAUUUAUGGGCUCAUCUACACCAAGCAGGAUAUUCCACUAUGAAAGCGGUAUAUAAAAGGUAGGAGCCACACUACUGCUAUAUAGUGGUACUGAAGUGCAUUGACAACUGUUGGGGCCCAUGACACAUCUACACCAAGCAGGAUAUGACACUAUGAAAGUGGUAUAUGGUAUCCGUCAAUGGGCCCCAACAGUUGUCAGUGCGCUUCAAUGCCACUAUAAAGCAGUAGUGUGGCUCCUGACUUUUAUAUAUCACUUUCAUACCGCUUUCAUAGUGAAAUAUCCUGCU